AGAUAACCAAAAGAAUCGGCAAUUUCGCAUAAAGCGAAGUAGUAUCAUCGUGACUCUCUCCCGACAUUUAAUCUUCACUCAAGUUCAAAUAUUUAUCGACUUUUCACUUGAAAAUCCUGCACUCCCAGGCCCAUACCAGCUAAGGUUACUGACACGACCUCGAUCCUCAUCUAGGCAUACAACCUAACCUAGACUGUCAUAAAUAACACAAGCAACAACGGGACGACGCAAGCAAUAUGAGUGGCGAAAACAAAGCCUUUUUCUAUGGUACACAGAUGGCUCCCGAAGUGUUCUUUAGCGUUUGCUAUGGCGAUAGGCAGCCACCACAGGCAAUUCAAGACCUUCAUACGUUUACACCUGCUAUUCUAGAUGGUUACUGUCGCCACAGAGUCCAAUCCGAAGACUACCCAGCCAUCAUUGCCGAGGAGGGUCACUGCGUGCGGGGCAUGUACGCGACUGGACUGACAGAGGCCAAUCUGCAAAAGCUGGAUGUCUUUGAAGGAAAUGAGUAUGAACGAAUCGACACCAAGGUUAGGUUGCUGAAGAAGGAGGGCGAGAAGGAAGUUGAGGGAGAGAUCAAGGAGGCAUCCGUCUAUGUGUUCCUGAACCCUGGGGCGCUGGAGAAGCGCGAAUGGGAUUUUGAAGAUUUCCGCCAAAACAAAAUGAAGCUGUGGACGCGAGGAGACUGGAUAUUUCCUGAUGAUAAUCGGACGGCAAAUGCAGUCGGCGCUUAACUGGCGAAUGCAGAGGCGACACGUAUAACGCAUAUAAUAAGAUCUAGGAGCUAGAUUAGUUAUGCUGUUAGAUAUUAUGUAUUUUUUGAAUAGUUGAUAGCGGAUGAUGCGUAAAUAAACGUCUUAUGUGUAGAAGGCAAGAUAGUAUAAAACGAUAAGACGUCAGGCUUCACCAAUUCUCUCAGCCAAGCAGCCAACUCUUCUGUGAAUGGUGCGCACCAUGGGAGGGUGACAUCCGUUCUGCUUAGGAUAGAUACCCGGAACGGGAAAUAUUUGUGGACACGCGGGUUCAGAGACCAGGAAUCUACCUUUACCCAGACCACGGGUCGACAAACGUGCACUUGGCGGAACCAACAGCUCGGACUUCUACUUCGACCAACAAUGCGUAUGAUUGAGCAGUCUCCACAUUCAACGACAUGUUGGCAUCACAUGUAAUUGCGUAUAUAUUAGACAAUGAGAAAUUUACAGCAGUGGAUUCAUUAAAUUACCUAAAUACAUGCUUAUUGCCGCAUAGGAAGCGCCAGGGAAUACGUUGACUGUAUGUGGCCCUCCCGGCGACGCAAUUUGCGAGAAGCCAGCACUAUGGACGAAACGAGAAGGUCAGAACACCAACGCAAAUUUUAGGUGAAUUUCGGAUAGGAUUCCGAAGUAAUUUGUCUGUAACACUGUUAGCGAACGGAGCAUUUCAAGCUUAAGUAAAUUAAACAGGGUUCAGCGAGAAAAGCAAUGUCCACGGCAUGGCUCCCGAUUGCAAUUUUAGCCUCUAGUUCUCCUGUGCUU